CUACUCUACUUGAAUUAAUAAUAAUAAAACAAUUUAUAUAUUUUUAUUUAUUUAUUAUUAUAAAAAGGGUAGUUUAUCAAUUCCUCAAACCCGCCUUUCCUGCGUUUUUUUCUCUCAUCUACCUCGUGGAUUUGAUUUGAGGUUCUCCUCUGUUUCAGGUGAAAAUAGUGUACUUGGCAUUAGUCUACAGAGAAGAAAAAACCUUCUUGUGGACCCAUUGGAUAAAGAAAAGCUACGUUUGUUGUUUCUGACCAAGCAAUCAUGGUAAUCCAAUCUUACCAAGACCAAGCUGAACAACUGCUAAAGGAAUAUGCACUUGCAGACCCUGUUAUGCCAUAUAUUUCAAUAAUUGGUGGCAUUUUUGCAUGCAAAAUGGUAUAUGAUCUUACUCAGUUUAUCAGCAUUAUACAAUUCAAGAGUUAUUCAAGCCUUUCAAAACUCCAACGUACUGAGUGGAAUAACAGGGCCAUGUCCACUGUUCAUGCCGUCUUUAUCACAAUUAUGUCAUUAUAUUUAGUAUUUUGGUCAGAUCUCUACUCUGAUGAUCAACUUACUGGCCCUGUUACUUUACAAAGUUCUCCAGUAUCAACAUUUGUAUUGGGGGUUUCAGUUGGUUACUUUCUUGCUGACCUUGGGAUGAUCUUCUGGUUUUAUCCUGAUCUAGGUGGAUUAGAGUAUGUGGUUCAUCAUCUUCUCUCUGUUGUAUCAGUGGCCUAUACCAUGCUGACUGGAGAGGCUCAACUUUAUACAUACAUGGUUCUUAUCUCUGAAACAACCACUCCUGGGAUCAACUUGAGAUGGUAUCUUGACAUAGCUGGUAUGAAGCGAUCUAAAGCAUAUGUCAUAAAUGGGGUUGUGAUAUUCUUUUCUUGGCUGGUUGCCAGAAUACUCUUAUUCAUAUACCUCUUUUAUCACAUCUACUUGCACUACGAGCAGGUUAGACAGAUUCAGUCCUUCGGACUGUUCUUAGUAGCAGUGGUGCCUUUGGUGUUAGCUAUGAUGAAUUUGAUGUGGUUUGCGAAGAUUUUCAAAGGGUUGAAGAAGACAUUAGCAAAAAGGCAGUGAGUGGUGGAUACAUACAAUAUAGGUGAUAUAUAUACGAGUAGUGAGUUGAUAAAAUUUAUGUAUAAAAGUAGCUUCUGAAGGAUAUCUUUCAGCUGUGUGAUAUUUAUGUCUAUAUUCCUUUUUUUUAGCUGAAAUGUAAAUAGGUGGUUGAUACUUGAUAAUAUUGUCAGAGCCAAUUUGUCUUUGACUUCAUGUGAAUAAAUAUAGUUAAUGAUAUGAAA